AGGUGCUGGGGAUUAAUGGGAAAAGUUUUGGCAGGGGCAGGAGGUUCCUGCGGAGCUUGCGGGACCUCGGCGGCGGCGCGAGAGGCAGCCGGGACAGUUCCUUGACUCUGCUUCAGAGAGAAGUAUUAGCUUCAGACCUGCAUUUGAGAUAUCCAUGGAGUGGAGUGGGGGUGUUCAGUUCCUGACUGAAGCAAGGGGCUGAAGGCCUGAGUGUUGUGUGGUGUUUUGGGCAUGCACGUGGUACGUACACAGUGGCUUCUGCUCACCAACAAAUGAGGACAGAUGCACCAAAGAGGCUGAUGGGAUCUGCCCUAUAGAGGUCCAUCUAUGUUCAGACCCAGAUGAUGCCAGAGCUAUGACUGGGCCUGCAGGCGUGGUGCCGAGGGGAAAUCAGCCAUGGACCAGCCACAGGAGGAAGCCCCUGAGGUCCGGGAAGAGGAGGAGAAAGAGGAAGUGGCAGAGGCAGAAGGAUCCCCACAGCUCAAUGGGGGACCAGAGCAUUUGCUUCCUUCAAGCAGCUAUACAGACCUCUCCCGGAGCUCCUCUCCACCGUCACUGCUGGACCAGCUCCAGAUGGGCUGUGAUGGGGCUUCGUGUGGCAGCCUCAACAUGGAGUGCCGGGUGUGCGGGGACAAGGCAUCAGGCUUCCACUAUGGCGUUCAUGCUUGCGAGGGGUGCAAGGGCUUCUUCCGCCGCACUAUCCGCAUGAAGCUGGAGUAUGAGAAGUGUGAGCGGAGCUGCAAGAUCCAGAAGAAGAACCGCAACAAGUGCCAGUACUGCCGUUUCCAGAAAUGCCUGGCCCUGGGCAUGUCACAUAAUGCCAUCCGCUUUGGCCGGAUGCCGGAGGCUGAGAAAAGGAAGCUGGUGGCGGGCCUGACAGCAAGUGAGGGGAGCCGGCACAACCCACAGGUGGCUGACCUGAAGGCCUUCUCCAAGCACAUCUACAGUGCCUACCUGAAAAACUUCAACAUGACCAAAAAGAAGGCACGUGGCAUCCUCACCGGCAAGGCCAGCCACACGGCGGGCCUGGGUUUUCAGCCCUUUGUGAUCCACGACAUCGAGACAUUGUGGCAGGCAGAGAAGGGCCUGGUGUGGAAGCAGCUGGUGAAUGGCCUGCCACCCUACAAGGAGAUCAGCGUGCAUGUCUUCUACCGCUGCCAGUGCACCACGGUGGAGACUGUGCGGGAGCUCACUGAGUUUGCCAAGAGCAUCCCCAGCUUUGGCAACCUCUUCCUCAACGACCAGGUGACCCUUCUCAAGUACGGUGUGCAUGAGGCCAUCUUUGCCAUGCUGGCCUCCAUUGUCAACAAGGACGGACUGCUGGUGGCCAACGGCAGUGGCUUUGUCACCCGUGAGUUCCUACGCAGCCUCCGGAAGCCCUUCGGUGACAUCAUUGAGCCCAAGUUUGAGUUUGCCGUUAAGUUCAAUGCCCUGGAACUUGACGACAGUGACCUGGCUCUAUUCGUUGCAGCCAUCAUCCUGUGCGGAGACCGGCCAGGCCUCAUGAAUGUGUCUCAGGUGGAGGCCAUCCAGGACACCAUCCUGCGUGCCCUUGAGUUCCACCUGCAGGCCAACCACCCAGACGCCCAGUACCUCUUCCCCAAGCUGCUGCAGAAGAUGGCUGACCUGCGGCAGCUGGUCACUGAGCACGCCCAGAUGAUGCAGCGGAUCAAGAAGACUGAGACCGAGACCUCACUGCACCCCCUGCUCCAGGAGAUCUACAAGGACAUGUACUGAAGGGCGGGUGCCAGGGUCUCCCAGCGGUCCUCCAGGGAGAGUGGAGAACCCCGGGAGAGAGGAGGGAGCUGGGAGAAGCACCGCCCACCUGACUUUUCCGUUGUGCAGCCCCAGGAGCCCUGGGCAUGGCACUGGAGCAGUGAGAUUGCACACACUCAACAUUCUCAGACCCUCCCUCCUCUGUCUCUCUCUUUCUGUCUUUGUCUCUCUCAUGUCCUCACUCUCUGUUUCUGUCUUUGUUGUUUCCCUUUCUUUAAUUUUUCUUGUUCAUUUCCUUCCUUUCUCACUCUAGGUCCCCUUUUCCCUUCUUCACUUGCCCUCCCUUUCUCUCUCUCCACCCCUAUGUCUGUCUGUCUUUCUCUUUCUGGGAAACAGUUUGUAUUAUUUCACCAGCAGCAUAGAACAGGACCUGCUUUUGCCCACCCUUUCCGCAGAAGCAGAAGGGAGUGGGGCCUGUCCUCUGCCCCGUCACUGCACCUGCAGAGUUGGGAAGUCUCACUUCUGUCUCCAGUCUUCAGAGCAAAAGACUUGAGCCAUCCAAAGAAACACUAAGCCGUCUGGGUCUGGCUUCCUGGGGAAGCUAAGCAUGGCCUAGGCUGACUACAGCAGUGGCUGUCUUGACUGGGUCCCCUUGGUGAAAGAUAGUGGGCAGGAGGGCCUGGGCUGAAAGCCGAGGGGCCUCCGCCAGACUCACCUCCCUCCCAAGGCUGAGGUUGGUGACCCCUCACCCAACCAACCCCACUCCACAGCAUGUCCCAGCCCCACUGACACCCAACAUCCUUUUUAUUCUUUGCAUUGGUCUUCUGGGUCACUGUUGCUCAUGGCCCCCUGCACGGGCCUCUGGGGAGCACCACCCAGCCUGGAAGGAGGUGGGUUUCUUUCCAAGUGGGGUUCUCCCCACCCCACCCUCACUGAAGAGGAGCAAGGUCCAGGGGAGGCAAGGGUUGGAGAAGAGAGGAGGGAGCAGUCCACUUACUUCUGACUAGGACCAGGACAGAGGGGCAGGAAGUCCUCCAUCAGCACCCCGCAUUUCUCCCACCACUCUGGAGCAGCCGCCAAGUCCUGCCUAUGUUGUGUCAGCACCACAACUUCCCCGGUCCUUUCUUCAGCCAGGAGAUGCUCGCCCUGACUCCAGCUCAGCUGCAGCUCCUGCCCCCACCCCCAACCCCACCCCACACUCCCUGGGGCUGCCACUACAACACACACCACGAGCACUGAAAUCACUUUACCUGCAGAUUCGGCACCCCUCACCCUGCCCUCCCUGAGGCAGGUGAGUGCCCAAAGGGGCCUGCAGGUGAAUGGGUAGAGCUGUUCUCAGGGCUGGGCCAGGGUUCUGGGUGGGCCAGGGGUGUCCUGCUGUGUCACCCCAGCACCUGGUCAUGGAGGAGGUGCCAGGGGAUAAACUGAUCCUGUUUAUCCUGACAUCCAUUUGUCUCAACAGCUCUGCUGCCUUCCCCUCCCCCUGUAUUCAGCCACAGUCUCUGGUGACCAGGAUCCUUGCAGGACCCAGUCCCACUUUUCUGGCUCCCAUCCCUGCCUGUCCCUCUCUCCCAGGUGGAAGUGCACUUGCCUCUGAGGAGGGGCUGAAGCACAGCUUGGAGUGUGAGAUCUGAGCAGGGCAGAGAGCCAGUUAGGCCACUUGUCCAAUGAGAAAACUGGCCUGGAGGGGUGAGGGCCUGCUAGGGUCAGUGAGUUGGUGGGAGAGCUGGGAGUACAGCCCAAGCUUCCUGGCUCCAGUCUGGUCCUCCUUCCUGAGGGUCCUUUCAGUCUGACCACAGCCCUGGCAGGAAAUGCCCUGGAGAGCAAACAGGCUCCAGUGUCUGCCCCUGCCCAGCGCUGUGGCUGUCCAUGCCCCAGAAUCAUUUUCUCCCCCCCCCCCCCGACCUGACCAGGGGUUUGGGUUAGGGGUGCACCCUUUUGGGUUAAUGCUGUGCCUGACCUGAUCUUCCCCCUCUGUCCCCCUGCACCCUGUCCCUGCCCCCACCCCCAAGUCCGGUGCUGAGGAUACAGCUCUUCUCAGUGUCUGAACAAUCUCCGAAAUUGAAAUGUAUAUUUUUGCUAGGAGCCCCAGCUUCCUGUGUUUUUAAUAUAAAUAGUGUACACAGACUGACAGAACUUUAAAUAAAUGGGAAUUAAAUAUUUAA